AUGCUUUACGGAUUUCGUUGGAAUGUGGUGGAGUUGAGCAAGGUGCGUGGACUCGGCGCAGCGCCACAGUCGGUUCCGCUCUCAAAUGGUGUGAUUCCACUAGAUCAAAGCAAGCUCGGCGAAUUGGAGCAGGAGUUGGCCGAACAGCAAAAGCGAAACAAUGAAUUACGUGAAGCCAAUUAUAAAGUUGUUGAGAUGUCACAAAAACAGGAUCAAAUGUACGGAAAGCGCAUCGCGGAGAUGGAAAAGAAAUUCGAAAAGAGUUUAAAAGAAGAGCGUAGCGCCAUAGUGGAUCAGCUUCAAAAGAUACUGCCAGCUGAUAUGAAAUUGAAGUCACCGCCUCAACAGUGUACCCAAGAACAAUACAAACAGUGGAUUUGUGAUGCUACUGAAGCCCUCAAGAAGCGUUCGAGUGCAGCAGCCAAAGUCUCUGCUCCUCAAACCCCGAAAAUUGAAUCGAUCCCAAAUUCGGACUCCACUCAUGACGAAGAUCAUGAGAAUCAGUUCACUGGAAGGUGUGACGGAAUCCUCGGAAAAUUUCAUCGUGUAUUGGAUAUCAGUUUCGUUUUUUUGCAGCCAUCUGCUAACGAAAGACCACUGAGCAUGUCGAAGGUUGCGUCAACACAAAAAUCGGACGUUCAGAUUGAAGAAUUGGAGAGCAAAGUGGAAAGGUAUCGAGUCGCUCUGGCCACUGUGUCUUCAACAAUCGACGCAAUUGAACACGAAGCAGCACAAAAGGAGAAGCACUACGAACGGGAAAUUGCGCUGCUCAAAAAGGAGCUCAAUCGGCAAGUUGCGCAAGUUUCGAAUCUGCUGAAAUAUGAACGUAGCUAUGGUACACGAUUGAAUGCUCAAGCCAGUGUGCUACGUGGCAUUUUGAGAGGAAAUCAUGAUGCUAAUGGUAAUGAGUUUGAGAGAAGUGUUGAUGACGGUACUGUGCAUUCGCAAUUGCAACAUCCUGUUGGAGGAGGAUCGUUGGGCACAGUUCAGACUGCAGAUGGCGGCAAGUAUCAGCAUCAUCGCAGACGCACUCGCUCUGGACGACGAUAUUGGACAAAUAAUCCCGGGGGUCAGGAGAAUGACCCGACUAACUUCUUGAAUGGAUCGAAGAGAUCGACCGCUGAGCAGAAUCGAAGACGUCGCAAGAAGUGCCUUUCUGAGUCGGCAGCGACUCAUGUCACGUUCGGAAUGACUACUACAGCUGCAUCAGGAAACGACAACGAGCGUGAGUCAUCUUCAGGCAGACGGAGUUUAGAGGAUGAGUGGGAGGUGGUUGAUUGA